AUGUGCCCUCCUCUCUGGGUUUGGCUCUUCGGGCAAAAGGAGCACAGUCUCCGGAAGCUCUACAAAAACCUCCGUUACAUGCAACCUGGUUAUAUAUCAAACCAGUGUUGUAAUAUUGAUAUCCACCCCAUGGAUUUCUGGACUGGGGACACCGAUCCUUCCCUCGUCCAAUUCUUCACACCCGAUACCGACACCGACCUCAAAAUCGCCAACACUGCACUCAACCCCAAGAACCCCGUGGACGACCCGUUCACGAGGGCUCAAGCAAUGAAGCAUGCUCAAGACUUCAUCCCCCAAGAGAUGCAUCAUAAGCUCCACCAGGCAUUUUCGAAGUACCUCCGCAAAUCCCCCGGAGGUACCCCCAUUUUCUGGGACCUGGUCUCCAUGGAAGAAGACGAAAGUCUCUUCAACAGCAACGAUAAGCACGGCUUCACCAUUCAAAUGGGAGCCACGAGCGCUGAUGGAAAGACCGCUCAUCAACUCGUCGUCAUGGAAAGCGACAACUGCUACCAUGGCAUCCUCCCGUCAGUUGGGGAGCUCAUGGUCCUUGUUCGAUGGAUGCUUAGUGGAAUCAAAAACCACAAGCACCAGUUCCGCAGGUACCACCGACAAGAGCGUGCCCAGCAUGACUUCCCGACCAUGGUCAUUUCUUUCCUCCCCGAUGCUCGAGUUCGAGUUUUGCAUGGGUAUUUCGACGACGGCCGACUCAAAGUAGCCUAUACCCAAGCACUCAACUUUGAUGCGGAGGACUACACCGACAAGAUGGACACCCUUCUCCAGUGGGCAUGGCCCCUCACUGAUGGGGACACCACGAAGCCCAUCCCCCUUCCAACAAUCGAUGACGAUGAGGAAGAUGAGUGGGAUGAGUGGGAGAAGUGGGAGCUCCGAUACAGGGAGGACAACGAAGACGAGUUCCUGGGGAGUAAAUCAGACGAGAGUGACAGCACUGAGGCAGACGAAGACCUCAGUGACUGUGAGUCGGAAUUCGAGGAGGAGGUUGAGAGUGAUUGGGAAGAUGAUGAGGGCCCCAGUCCCACCGUGGAGUGGGGGGACGAUGAAUGGAGGGAGGAGGAGGAAUUGGUGAUGUCUGCGGACAUCAAAAGAAAGAUUAUGGAGAGGUUGGACGAGAAGUUGAGGGGUUUGGGGAAGUUGUGA